GCCACGCCCACACCUCCAGCAAGCAGGACAUCCUCGAGAUGGCCUACGGGCUGCAAAUGAGUGGCGUCAAUUUCGCGUGGGUAAUUCGGCUGGACAUCGUGAGCUCCGACGAGACCAACAUCUUGCCUGAGGGGUUCGAGGAGAGCAUUAAUGGGAGAGGGCUAAUCGUGCAGUGGUGCAGGCAGACUAAGGUGAUUUCCCAUCCGGCCAUCGGCGGAUUUCUAUCGCACUGCGGCUGGAAUUCGGUGCUGGAAAACAUAUGCGAAUUCAAAAAUCUGAGAUCGUUGACGAAAUUCCCGAGAUCCAAGAUUAAAUCACGGCUGCCUAGAACGUACUUGAUGAUGUAGGAAUGAUCGACGCUAUGCGCGAUGAAGGCGAUAGAAAUCUGAACGACGAUGUUCAAAUUGGAGCAAACGAGGAGGUUAACUCCAGCGAGUCUCACACUCUUGUUCUCUCUGUUCCACGAUCUUAUCCACCCCGCGCAACCGGUGAGGCUGCGGAACCCGCUGCUGCCAGACGUGAGGCGCGUGAGGGGACCAAGAGGGUUGUUACCGAGAAGGUUGCGCAGGCAGCAUACGAACAGGCCUUCAAGGCCGCCAUGGAGGAAGCGCAGCCUGUUGCUACGACCUCAAACCAGCUUAUUGUUGGGAGGAAAAAACUGGAUCCUAUUAAUACCCGUGUGAGACAGUCUGUUGUUGUUCUGCCUCAUCGGCAACAUAUGGCUGCAGGACUUGCGCAGGGUCUCAUUGCAUCUGCUGGACAACAACUACACGACUUGGAGGGUAUAUGGCCUAUUGUUGUUGCGGACCACGUAAUGCAGCCUGUUGCUGCAACCUUCAGGCAGCCUGUUGUUGCGGCAAUCGAAAAAUCAAAAAAAUUCAACAGGCAGAAUUUUGAAACAUGGCAGCAAAAGAUGUUAUUUUAUCUGACCAUGUUGAAUUUGAAAGAGUGGUUGAUGGAAGAUGCACCGGUUGUGCCUGAAGGAUCCUCGGAAGAACAGAAAGCACAAAUCCUGAAAGCCUGGAAACGCUCAAAUUUUAUGUGCAAAAAUUAUGUACUGAACGGCUUGAGUGACUCCCUAUACAAUGUCUAUCGGCAUGCGCUAACGCCUAAGCAGUUGUGGGAGACACUGGAGAAAAAGUACAUAAUCGAGGAUGCUAGUACCAAGAAAUUCAUAGUGGGACUAACCUGUCGCACGGUCAAUCAAAUAUUUCACCUAUUCCGUGAUCACAAUUUAAUGUAAUACAGGGGAAUGGAUCGUCUCUACAGGGAUUGUUUGAUUUACUCUUUCGCGUUUUAAUGCAGUAAAUAAAAAGGGGGAGUUUUCUUUUA